AUGGGGAUCACUGACAAUGACGUGCAAAAGCAACUGCGCCAUAUGAUGGCGUUCAUUGAGCAGGAAGCCAAUGAAAAAGCUGAAGAAAUUGAUGAGAAAGCUGAAGAAGAGUUUCAACUUGAAAAGGGUCGUCUUUUCAAUCAACAGCGGCAGAAAAUUUUGGAUUAUUAUGAUAAGAAAGAAAAACAAGUUGAACUGCAGCGAAAAAUACAGGGAUCAAAUAUGUUGAAUCAAGGCAGAUUGAAAUGUCUUAAAGCUCGUGAGGACCAUUUACAUAAUGUCAUGGAAGAAGCUCGAAUGAACCUUUCGCGCAUUUCAAAUGAUGUACAACGUUAUCCAUCCAUUCUGAAAGGUCUUUUGUUACAAGCUUUUUAUCAAAUGCUGGAAAAAGAGGUGAAUUUGCGUUGUCGGAAGGCAGAUGUCGCACUUAUUGAUAAUCUUCUUCCGGAAUGUCUUAAAGAACUAGAAGAAACUUGGGGACAAAGAACUGAAGUGAAAAUCGAUAGUGAUUAUCUUCCUGCUGAAAGCGCUGGAGGCAUUGAACUGUCAGCCAAAGGUGGGAAAAUUAAAGUUUCGUCAACUCUGGAGUCGCGACUAGAAUUAAUAGCUAGUCAGAUCAUACCACAAAUACGGACGGCUCUGUUUGGCGAAAAUCCGAAUCGAAAAUUCUUUGAUUGA